AAGAAACCAACACAUAUGAUUUAUGAGGUGGUCAGAAUCGCCCGGCAGCGGGCACGGGUCGAAUCAUCAGCUACUCCUGACGCAUGUUCCCCUCCCCGCGCUUCCCCUCCCUGUAGGUACUCCGACUAUUUACUGCUAGUGGUAUCUAUCGACCCCUAAACACUUCUUUCUCAUCUGCUCUCCACUGCGAUCUGCUUAUCCAGCACCGUAUGUCCUGAUCCCAAAUAUACUGCUCAUCAGUCUUUCAUCCAAACCGUGUCCUUCGCAUCUCCAGCUGCUCCCGCGUAUCUCGAAGCAUAAUCGACUGCGAGAUACGCCUGGGAUCGUCAUCAACCAGUCCUAUCAAACUGACUCACUGCCCUUUCGACACCAUCCUGCCACCAACUAUCUAAGAAAAUCUAGUAUGGAAUAAAAUCCUAUGUUGCUCUGCAUCCAUGGUGAUAUCUUCUGACAAUUUGACUCGUCAAAGGAGCGUGGAUUUAAAAGAGUCGUAUACGAUAAACCGUCUGCCUUGCCUAACCGUCCCAGCGGAACUGCCGAGUUUCCCCGUUCUUAAGCCUCGACAAAGGGGUCUUAGGAACGGCCAUUCUCCUCACACCCACCAGAUUGCCUCGUCUUGGAGGCAUCUUUGUCUGUCCGCGGUCAUCCGGACGCUAUUUGAAUGCCCCCGGCACCUUCUGACGAACCGUUUCGCCAGCAUAGCCAGUCACUUGGUGAUAAUAACCCACUCUCUCAAGAUCAAUAUCGACCCGCUCAAGAGCAUGAGUCUGGUGGAAGGGGUAAGAAAAAGACCAAAAACGGGUCGAGGGGAAAGGAUAAAGUGACUAAGGCAGCAGCGAAGACACCACCCGAUGAGCUGAUACCACCGCCAUCACCGGCUUUCAAAGGAGAGCCAUCGUCAUGUCCGAAUCCAUCCCUUGCGCAACCACCUGUGAAUAACAACAUCGUGUCACCUGUCCUCGACGCACUAGGGGCUCUGGUGGAGACGCAAGACAAUGACACCGCGUAUCGCACCGGCGCUUGGGCCAAAUCCAUCCCGUUUGGCAAGAGUCCUCCAAAUGAUCUCAUGGAUGCGGAGCUUCCCGGCGAAUCCCCAUUCAGUUUUCCGAUGAAUUCUGAGAAGGGUGGCUUCAGCCACCCUUCAUCGGCGUCCCCUCCUCCCAGGUCAACACGUCCCCUCAGCUACGGGAAUGGGUAUCUGGCCUCAAAUAGGUCAAGGCAUCAGUCGGUUGACAGACAGAAGAGUCACUCGAUUAGUAGCCCGUUCAAUGCUCAGAUUCCCCUGCCGCAUCUACCACAGGCCCAUUUUUAUGGUGCUCCAGAUAUCGACCUUCCAUUAUUGCCUGGUCAAAAUCGGCCUCUGAUGGAUGGAGGAUACUCCUUCUGCUCCUGUGAUACGCUUCCUAGUCCAUCAUUCAGGUCCAGGAUGGGCGGGAAUGUCCUUCUUGUCGGGACUGAUAGCGCUCUUGACGUUUUUUCCAUAGAGAAUCGGAAUUCCCGUCCCAUAGGAAGGAUUGUUGGCUUGAAUGGUCGAGUAGUGGGCGCGAAAAUCCUAACCUUUAACUCGGAAACUGACCCAUUUGUGCUGUCCCGGCCUCAUGUGGCAGUUAUACUCCAUGGGCCUAUGCCUCAUGGAGAGGACGAGGGUAGUACAUCUUCCACCGGCUCAGAGGCCAACGAAAAUGUUGCGGUCCCUUCCGGGAGAAGAGCGUCCGUUGAGAGGCGCCAGAACAGGGACGAGGGAAGUUACUACCAGACCAGAGUCGAGGUUUACUCUCUGAGAAGCGGAGAUCACAUUACAACGCUCUUCACAAGCAGACAUGUUCCUUGUUUUGAAACUGCUCCCGGCUUCGGUGUCUUUGCGUCGCCACCAGUGGGUAGUCUAAGGCUAUAUUCAAGCGGCAAUUACGUUAUACUAGCUUCUGGUGUAAGUGGAGAGGUAUUCAUCUACGGCGUUAGUCUCUCCUCAAGUUCAUACAGGUGUCUGGGGAAAACCUGGACUACCACCCAGUCAAGUGAAUCCCGCCGGUACUCCACUUCCUCAAGCUCGACCGACGCGGAUGGCUCUCAGAACGACUCAACUCACGGACUACCGCCUUGUGAUAGUCCUAUCGUAUCAUUGAAGGGGAGAUGGCUAGCGGUAGUUCCCCCAUUGUCGACCUACCGGCCUUCCAUCCGGGGAAAUGUUCCUGCUCAUUUGGUCCAUGGAAAGGCACUAGGGAUUGAGACGCGUAGUCCUCCGGCGAGACCUGCUAUGACCUGCUCUUUAGACUGUGGUGAAGGAGAGAGCCUGUUUGACAAGGUAGCAAGAGGGGUUACCCAGGAGCUUGUCAGAGGAGCUCGCUGGAUGGGCGAUCAAGGCAUCCAGGUGUGGAAUAAUUACUGGGGCAAGGAGCAGUCUCAUCCUGGAAAUUUACGGCGCCCUCACUUGUUUGACAUUCAGCAGCAAGGCCACAGCGCGUUUCCUCCCACGCAUGCUCAGGAUACUCAAGCAACGUCACCUGCCGAGCCUGAACUAGUAUCGAUAAUUGAUUUAAAGCGGCUCGAUGAAAGCGGAGAGGGAAAGAAUACAUCCCUUGAGCCUAUUGCCACAUUUCAGGCACCAAAUGGAUGUAGUUUUCUGUCGUUUUCACCGAAUGGCCUGAUGUUACUGACCGCGAGCAAGAAGGGCGAUGUGCAGUAUGUAUGGGAUCUUAUGCAGGUCAGGCAUUGCCGGGCAAUGGUCUUAAUGUCAGAUGAGAGUCCAACUCCAAGUGCCAACGUGCGACAGGUUGCCCGGUAUCCGCGAUUGACUGCUUCGACCAUUGUGGAUGUGAUUUGGAAUGCCCCAGGAGCCGAUCGGCUGGCUAUAGUUACGCGCAAAGGAACUGUACAUGUCUUCGAUGUACCCCGAAGUGCAUUCCAGUGGCCUCCGUUCCGUCGAGCUCGAGUUCAAGCUCACAUCUCUCCAAGUAGGGAUGUGAGUACUGAUGGAUCGUCCGAAGGAGCGGCCUCUACAAAUCCUUUCUCUGCUGCUAUAAAGCUUGUUGGAGGCAAGACGCAACCGAUUUUGGCUGCUGUAAGAAGCCGUGCUCCUUCAGGCAGCACUGCAUUUGCAAGCGUCGGUGGAUUCGUUAUUCCAUCAGCCGCUGGGAGUGGCAAGGUGGUCGCCGCUGGACUUAGUAAGUCAGUGGGCGCAGCUACUGGCACAGUCAACACGCUUCGUCAUGCUGGUGGAAAUCGCCUGCAUCUUUCUGGGCUUUCUCGGGAUCCUGCGCCCUCUCGUGUAAUUUGGAUCACCCACAAAGGUCAAUCUUUCCUGGGCUUGGUUGACAGCGGCUACUUCAGACUAUAUACGAUUGGAAGAGGCGUUCCGACCCGGAAAAAUCGACAAUUACCGUCUGUGAUUGGCAGUAAGGAACUGGAGUUCAAAUUGCCUGCCAGUUUACAGAAUCCCUGCAGCCCCAUUCCCAUUGCUACAUUCGAUAUGGAGACGACCGUUCAAGCAUCGUUGAGCCUUCCAUCUCCCAGUCUACAGCCGCCUACUGCAGCAAAGUUUACAUGCCAACCCCUUUCCCAAGCUGAAAUCGAAACGAACGCUCCCUAUCAGCCGUUCCAUACUGACCAAAGAGUCAAUCUACAUGUUUUGCCCCUUGGCAGCGAGGCGAAUCUCUCUGUUGGCCAAUGGGUUUUUGGUGACGACAUACAAAUGUCUAGGCUCCACGUCCGACCAUUCAGCGAUAGUGAUGUCGCUGAUGAAGAUGAUGACACCGCUAAUGGCCAUCCUCUUGGGCAUGGGACAAUGGAGAAUCUUAUAAGCCUGGGCAAUAGCACCGACAAUGUCGAAGAGGUUGUCAUAACUACACGUCGGAAAAAGCGUGGUCCUUCAGUGACAUCCUUAGCGUCCAAAGUGGAGGUAGACGAUGGGUUUUUUGAAGAUGAUUGCGAGGUGCUAGAUUUCGCCAGAGAUAGGGUCUAGCACACGAACAUACCAUUCAGACACGAUACGACUCACCGAGAUAUUUAGAUAUUCAAAUCGAUAAAGGGUAAAGGCGUUGGGAUUGAGCUUAGGUUGGUUUGCCUGAUUUUUUUUCUUUUCUCCGUGGAGUGAUUGAUUUAGUAUCAUGCCUAUGAUUUGGCGUAGGGCACACGAUAAUUGGGUUACUACUGUUAUUAUUGCUUGCUUUGGGCGGCUUCACUCUUCCGCUUCAUUGGCGAUGAGAAGGACAUUUUUGGUCACCCGAAGCAAGAAUGGAUCCAUUCAGGCAACCUUGACUGUCAUGCCUUUUCGCCAGCUGAUGGCAAAUACCGCAUUGUUUGGCUGGUUCUUCAAAGUAUCCGGUUACUGUGUUUUUGUUCUGAACGACUUUGGGAGGCUGGACCGAAAGACGGAAUAGCUAGUCUGCAUCAGCAUUGCACACCUGUGGAAUAGAAUGACUCGAUUAAUAUACCGGCCACUUGGCCUAUAUAUAGUGCUGUAUACAAUAUUGUUGUCAAUAUUGCUGUGUUCUUAGGUAGUUU